CGGCUGCCGCGGGAUGGGCGGGGCCAAGUGCGGACGCAGGAGGGGGCAGGCCGGAUCCAAGAUGGCGGCGGCGGGACCCGGGAGAUUCAGGCUGGCAGCUGUGGCUUGGCUUGCUCUUUUCCUGGGGGUGGUCUAUGCUGUCGACAGGAGCAACUUCAAGACGUGUGAUCAGAGCUCCUUCUGCAAGCGCCAGAGGAAUGUGAGGGCCGGGAGCUCGCCUUACAGGGCCUUGCUGGAGUCCCUGCAGCUCACCCAGGACUCCAUGAGAAUCCAGCUCAUCAAUGAAGCUAACAAGGUUCACCUCCUCCUUGAGCUCUAUGGCUUGAAGGAUAACAUGACCCGGAUCCGGAUCAACGAGCUGAAUCCGCUCAAACCCCGUUAUGAAGUCCCAGAUGUGUUAGUCCAGGAUCCACCCACCGCCAGGCUGUCCGUCACGGGCCGGGACGACAACAGCGUGGAGCUCUCCCUGGGUGAGGGGAGCCACAAGCUGAUCCUGACUGCCAAGCCGUUCCGCAUGGACCUGCUGGAGGGCCGGGAGCUGGUGCUGAGCGUCAACUCCCGGGGGCUGCUGGUCUUUGAGCACCUGCGGGCCAGGAAGGACUCUUUCUCGGAAACAGUUAGUAGCACGGUCGUUAGCAUUUGGGAUAGGAUCAAGAACCUUUUUUCUAGAGAGCCAUCCAAGGAACCCGCAUCGGAAGGAGACGGGGCUCCUGAGGCCUCAGAUCCCUCGUUGGCUGCAGAGCCAGAGUCCGCGGAGAAAAGCGAACAGCCCGAGGAAGCAUCCAAAGGGUCCGGUGAGGGUGAGGAGGAGCCGGGAUCCUGGGAGGAAACAUUCAAGACCCACACGGACAGCAAGCCCAAUGGCCCGACGUCGGUGGGACUAGAUUUCUCGCUGCCAGGGGUGGAGAAUGUGUACGGGAUCCCAGAACACGCAGACAACCUUCGGCUGCGAACCACUGAGGGAGGAGACCCUUUCCGCCUCUACAACCUGGACGUCUUCCAGUAUGAGCUGUACAACCCCAUGGCCCUCUAUGGCUCGGUCCCCGUCUUGCUGGCCCACAACGCCCAGCGCACGCUGGGCAUCUUCUGGCUCAACGCGGCGGAGACCUGGGUGGACGUCACCUCCAACACAGCUGGCAAGACCCUCUUUGGGAAAAUGUUGGACUACAUGCAAGGAGGCGGCGAGACCCCCCAGACCGACGUGCGCUGGAUGUCCGAGAGCGGCAUCAUCGACGCCUUCCUGCUGCUGGGGCCUUCGCCCAGUGACCUCUUCAGGCAGUACGCCUCGCUCACGGGCACCCAGGCCCUGCCCCCGCUCUUCGCCCUGGCCUACCACCAGAGCCGCUGGAACUACAACGACGAGGAGGACGUCGGGGCCGUGGACAGCGGCUUUGACGAGCACGACAUCCCCUACGACGUCAUCUGGCUGGACAUCGAGCACGCCGACGGGAAGCGCUACUUCACCUGGGACCCCAACAAGUUCCCCCACCCCCGGGGGAUGCUCCAGCGGCUGGCAGCCAAGAAGCGCAAGAUGGUGAGCAUUGUGGACCCCCACAUCAAGGUGGACGGCAGCUACCGGGUCCACAACGAGAUCCGCUCCCGAGACUUCUACGUCAAGACGAAGGACGGCAGCGACUACGAGGGCUGGUGCUGGCCAGGCUCGGCAGGAUACCCGGAUUUCACCAAUCCCGAGAUGCGCUCCUGGUGGUCCAGCAUGUUUGGCUUCGACCAGUACGAGGGCUCCAUGGACAACCUCUUCACCUGGAACGACAUGAACGAGCCCUCCGUCUUCAACGGCCCGGAGGUGACGAUGCACAAGGACGCCGUGCACAGGGGCGGCUGGGAGCACCGCGACGUCCACAACCUCUACGCCUUCUACGUGCAAAUGGCCACAGCCCAAGGGCAGGUGCAGCGCUCGGGGGGUCUGGAGCGGCCAUUCGUCCUGACUCGGGGCUUCUUUGCAGGCUCCCAGCGCUACGGGGCUGUGUGGACAGGGGACAAUGCUGCCGAGUGGGACCACCUGAAGAUCUCCAUCCCGAUGUGCCUGAGUCUGGGCCUGGUGGGCAUCUCCUUCUGUGGAGCGGACGUGGGUGGAUUCUUCAAGAACCCAGAGGCCGAGCUGCUGGUGCGCUGGUACCAGGCGGGGGCCUACCAGCCCUUCUUCCGGGCGCAUGCCCACGUGGACACCACCCGGCGGGAGCCCUGGCUCUUUGGCGAGGAGAACCAGGCCCUGAUCCGGGAGGCCAUCCGGGAGCGUUACGCCCUGCUCCCUUUGUGGUACACCCUCUUCUACCACACCUACCGGACCGGUCAGCCCGUCAUGAGGCCUCUCUGGGUGGAGUACCCCCAGGACGCGACCACGUACGGCAUCGAUGACCAGUACCUCCUGGGAGACGCCUUGUUGGUUCACCCCGUGACAGCGCAGGGGGCUCGAGGUGUGCAGGUCUACCUGCCCGGCAAGGGAGAGGUUUGGUAUGACAUCCACACCCACCAGAAGCUCCAUGCACCCCAAACUCUCUACUUAGCGGUCACCAUGAGCAGUAUUCCGGUGUACCAGCGGGGCGGCAGCAUCGUCACCCGGAAGGAACGGGUCCGCCGGUCUUCAGACUGUAUGCACAGUGACCCUUACACCCUCUAUGUGGCCCUGGGCCCCCAGGGCACAGCCCAAGGAGAGCUUUUUGUUGACGACGGGCACACGUUUAACUUCGAGACGAAACGGCAGUACCUGCAUCGCCGCUUCCAUUUUUCCGGCAACACCUUGACGGCCAGUUCUGCAGACCCGAAGGGCAGCUUUGAAACCCCGGCCUGGAUUGAGCGGGUGGUGAUCCUGGGAGCUGGGAAGCCUGCAGCCGUCUUCCUCAGACAAGCGGAUGCCGCAGAAGUUCGCCUGGAUUUCACUCACGAGGCCGAAACGUCCGUCUUAACCCUCCGCAAACCUGCAGUCAACAUUGGGGCAGACUGGAGCAUUUCCCUGCGAUAAUGCCACGAGGUGGGGGUGGCAGGGGGCAGCUGGGCAGAGGGUGGGGAGACACACGAGCAGUGCUGGGUGGGGUUGGGGCUGCUCUGGGGCAGCCCCUUCCACUGGUAGCUCCCUGUCUGCGGUGUCUCCAGUGUUCAGAGAAAGGGGGACUAGUGCUCUCUCCCCUGCCCUGCUGACCCUGGCCCGGAUUUUCUGGUGGUUCCAUAGAUUCAUGUUUAGCAAUAUUUGCUGUAGAAUGAAGAAUCUCCGGGUUGGGUCAGCUGGGUUUCCCUCUGUCGCUGCAGGGGAGGGUUCAAAGGAAGGUGCCUCUCCCUCCCCAUGCUUGAGAUGCAAAGUUGGGACCAACCUUUUGAGGGGCUGGGCCUUUCCUGGGCAGGGAGGAAUCGUUCAUUCAGUCCUCUUUCUCUCCCACCCCCACCCCCACCCCCGGCGGCUCCCUGUCUCUUCUUUCCUUUACAGCCCACCACCUCCGCCCGCCCAUGUAUUUCUGGCUGAGAUCCAGGCCAUUGACUGGACCAGUUUGAAACACAGAACAAAAACCAGGUUUGCCUGUGCAAGGACUGCCUUGAACCUCCUCCCCUUGCCCACAGGUGAAUGUCUGGGGAGCCUCCCCUCUGUACAGCCACUCCCCAUAAGCAAGGGGCAAUGUUUACAGUGAGAUCAUGACCCCUCUUGUUGCCUUCCCUGCAUCCCUCCCCCACUUCCAGUCCCCAAAGGUGGUUCUCCCCAAAUCCUUAGUGCUGUGGACAAGGGGGGUCAUUCUGGUUUGUGGGGGUGGGCGAAGGGGCCUAGGUGUCAGUGAAUCACUGUCACUUCUGUUUAUAUAUUUUUUUGGAGGGGGAAGGGUAGACGAGACGGAUCAUGUGAAAGGGAAGGAGGUGGUGGACAUCCCGUUAGGAGGCCGAUGUGAUUGUCCUGCACUGGGACCUAGAAAGGGGGAGAAAGAGAGAGGCGAGGGCCAAGCUGCUACUACGAUACCAGGCCCCUCCCCUGCUGGCAAGAGAAGAAGGGUUGUUCUCCAGAGGGGGAAACGGGCCAGCCUUUUCCUCCUGGGCUUCAGUCCCUCCCCUCUCCGGCUCCCUGGUUCCAGCCAUCAGCGCCGCUGUCCUCCGUGUGGCUUCCUCUUGUGCCUGCAUGGAUGAACAUUCUCAGUUCCAGCAGGUUCCCCCUUGAUGUGUGUUCACAGGCAAAAGACCAGAGCAAGGCUUUUAAAUCUGUCAAACUUUCUUCUUAAACACACACAUUUUUCUACCCUCCCCUGAGUGUGAUUUCAUCUGCAGGUAGACCUUUCACUGACUGGGUAUUUUGAUAAAAGAUGGACAAUAAAAAACAAAAUCCAA